GAUCAUCACAACUUUAUUCGUGAAUCGCCUGGAGAAUGUGAGUUUGACGAAGCCACAAUGCAAGCCAUGGCAAAGAGACUUGUAGAAGUCGAUCCCAAUCUAAGCCGUGUUCGUUUCGAACUUGUUCCUAAACAAUUGAAUGAAGAAAAGUUCUGGCAUAACUACUUUUAUCGAGUCUCUCUUAUAAGACAGUCGUUAAUGACAAAUGCAUCGGAUGUACAGACACCUGUUCGGAAAGCAUCUCCUGCACCGAUAGAGACGCCUUCUUCAAGCGAGGUAGAUAAGGCAUCAACAAAUGUAAGUAAUCCUGAACCUGUCAUUGAGGACGCUCACGGUGAUGAUAAAACGCCAAGUGAUGAAACGAAUCCGCAACCAGAGGAUGAUUGGGAGCGCGAGAUUCUGUCCGAUCUGAAUGAAUAUGAGUUGGUUGCCUCCAGAAACGAGAAAUCCGAAGAACAAUGGGAAGCGGAAAUCCAGGAUUUGCUAAACUCU